GGGAACCGACCCUUCGGAACAGCACGCUUUCAAAGACGAUUAUGCUGAAUAGUCGUAGGAAACUAGGCAAUUACAAUUUACCCACACCGCUCUUCCUUAUAUGUAUUCGACCGAUAUGUCUCUCAGUCAAUAAGAUAUAUUAUUAUUUUUAUUAUUAUUAUUUUUGGUCUAAAUGUCGAUUUUAAGUCCAUAUAUAUCAGAGUAUUCCGAAAUAAAAUGCGAUUUGGAAAAGCCAAUAAGGUGUGAAAAUCAUCAUGCAUACAGUCGGUCAAAUUAAUUAAAUUACUCAGUCAACGCCAUGGUCGGCUCGACCGACAGCACCCAUCCUACCAGCUCGGUUCCGCGUCGCCCAUCACGGGACGAAAACAACAAAAUAGACAGUUACAGAAAAGGGUGUUAGCCUAGCUUCUACCGCGAAAUAUACACCGCACAUCGCGGCUUCUGCACCGCCAAACACACGCUCUCCAUCCUAACCGACGUACGUUAGUCACCGGGCGACAUGAACGCGUUGUUAUUCAACUCAGCUGUCCACGGAGGAUAGCCACAUACAGCUAGCUCUGUCCUAGCCUGCCAAGCUAGUCCAAUGCCAGCCAAUAUAAACCAGGUUAGCUAGCGUCACAGCUAGCCACCUCUAGAGGUGCUGUACACAUCGGGGAUGCGAGUAAACAAAGGUUGCCUUUGAAUGGCUAAAUGGUGACGAUAGGCAAGCUAGCAGAGCUCUGGAAGAUUCAACAUGAAGCUGUAUGUGUUCCAGGUUAACAAUGGCAGCACACUGACAUUUGACACAGAGCUUGCUGUGCAAACUGUGCUGGACCUCAAACAUGCCAUCCAGGUCAAAUAUAAGAUUGCAACACAGCAUCAAGUGCUGGUUGUCAAUGGAGGGGAGUGCAUGGCUGCAGAGCGCCGUGUCUGCAGUUACAGCGCUGGAACAGACACAAACCCCAUAUUCCUGUUCAACAAAGAGAUGAUCUUGUGCGACCGGGCCCCGACGAUCCCCAAGACCACCUUCUCCAUCGAGAAUGAGAUGGAGCUCAAGGUGGAGGAGUCUCUCAUGAUGCCGGCCGUCUUUCACACCGUGGCCUCGCGAACACAACUCGCAGUGGAAAUGUUUGAGGUGGCCAAGAAGCUCUGUUCUUUCUGUGAGCGGCUGGUUCACGACGAGCAUCUCCAGCACCAAGGUUGGGCGGCCAUCAUGGCCAACCUGGACGACUGCACCCUCUCCUAUCAAAAACUGCUCUGGAAAUACGAAAGCGCCUACACCAAUUAUCAACAGGACUUUGAGGAAAUCAAAUACAAACUCACAAAGCUCGGUACUGCGGUCUCCGUCAUGGCAAAGAUACCUUUGCUGGAAUGUCUGACCAGACACAGUUACAGGGAGAUCGUCGAGAAGUCCACCUCCACCCCGGACAAGGACUCCGACGAGACGGAGGGGGAGAAGUCCACCGACUCCAUCCUCCGCGGCCCUCAGAGACCCACCAAGUUACCCGCGUCCUUCUCAGCCCCCGCGGCAACCGCAUCCGGGUCUCCUAGCGACCAGGGAACCAACGAAAUGACUGACAGCGGCGGGCUCCGAGCGGCUCUGCAGGAAGAGGAGGACGACAGCCCGGAGAUGGCACUUCCUCCCAACUUUAAUGUAACACUACUGGACUGGAUCAAUGUACAAGACAGGCCCAACGACGUGGAGUCCGUCGUGAGGAAGUGUUUGGAUUCCAUCAACCGGCUUGACCCGCGGAUCAUCCAGCCCUUCUUGGCAGAUUGCAAAGACACCAUUGCCAAAUUGGAUAAUCAAAACAUGAAAGCCAUCAAAGGGCUUGAAGACCGGUUGUACGCGCUAGACCAAAUGAUUGCGAGCUGCAAGAAGCUGGUCAAUGAACAGAAAGAACUUGCUCAGGGAUUCCUGGCCAACCAGAAGCGUGCGGAGAACCUGAAGGAUACAUCUGUUCUGCCAGACUUGUGUCUGAGUCACGCCAACCAGCUGAUGAUCAUGUUGACCAACCACAGGAAGCUGCUGGACAUCAAACAAAAAUGCACCACUGCCAAACAAGAACUAGCGAACAAUCUCCAAGUCCGACUCAAAUGGUGCUGCUACGUGAUGCUCCACGCCGACCAGGACGGCGAGAAGCUGCAGGCCCUGUUCCGGCUGCUGGUGGAGCUGUUGGAGCGAGUCAGGGUGGUGGAGGCCCUCAGCACCGUGCCCCAGAUGUACUGUCUGGCCGUGGUGGAGGUGGUGCGCAGGAAGAUGUUCAUACGCCACUACCGAGAGUGGGCUUGUGCUCUUGUCAAAGACGGGAAGCAGCUUUACGAGGCAGAGAAGUUCAAAAGAGAAACGUUUGGGAAGCUGUUUAGGAGGUCGUUUCUCAGAAAUCGUCUGUUCAGAGGACUAGAUUCCUGGCCUCCGACAUCGUUUUGUACACGAAAGCCCAGAAGGUUUGACUACGAGCUUCCUGACAUCUCCCUGGAAGAUCUGCACUACCUGAAGUCCUGCUGUCCCACCGAGGUGCAACCCUUCCUCAUGGUUCCCACACUGUGUGACUUCGAGCCUCUGAACCGUCACGUGGCCGUGCUACACCAACUGGUCCAGGCUGCCCAGAGCAUGGACGAGAUGUCGCGCACCAUCACCGACCUGCUGAACGAACAGAGGGCCUCCUGCAGCCAGAGCGGCCAGCGGUCCGCUGCCAUGACCCCGCAGUCCGAUGGCACUCCCGGCUCCACCACCCCCACCUCCUCUUCCAAGACGCCCUCCCUCAACCUCAAGAGCCCCUCCGUCCCGGGCCAGCCCCCCCCUCCGGCGGCCCCGGCGCCGGCGGAGGACCUGUCCCCGGACAGCAUCGACGCCCAGACCUUCGACUUCGAGACCAUCGGCCACCCCAACAUGGACCUGGUCCUGCAGCAGGGCUCCCUGGACCUGGACUCCCUGGCCGAGAGCCCCGAGUCGGACUUCAUGUCGGCCGUCAACGAGUUUGUGAUGGAGGGCGCCGCCCUGUGCUCGCCCGCCGCCCUCAGCGACCCCACCAGCCCCGAGAUGAUGGUGGAGUCCCUCUACUCGUCGGUCAUCAACGCCAUCGACAACAAGCGCAUCCUGGACUGCACCACGCUGGAGAUGGAGAACACCCGGGCGGCGGUGCUGGAGCGGGCGGCGGAGCGGUACCGCGUCGCGGCGGAGGAGUCCCAGGGCGACCUGCGCAGCGUCAAGGACGACCUGCGCCACCUCCGCGGCCUGGUGCUGAAGGAGCAGCGCGACUUCGGCCUCGGCCUCCGGGCCAUGUGCCUCGAGGUGCGCGGCGCCGUCGACGGCAUGCGGCCGGCCCAGGAGCAGGAGGCCGGCGAGCGCCACCGGCGGGAGCUGCUCCUCCUGCGGCAGGAGCUGGAGGCGCGCGUCCAGGCGCUGACCCGGGAGAACGAGGGCCACGAGGCCGGCGUGAAGGAGGUGCAGAGGGCCAUGCUGGAGCUGGAGGCGCUGCUGGACCACAAGCAGGCGGAGCUGGCCCGGCUGGAGGGCGAGGGGGAGCGGCGGGCGCGGGCAGAGGCGGACCACGCGGAGCGGGCGCGAGCCCUGGAGCAGACGGUCCGGGAGCAGGCGGAGGAGAUCCAGGGCCUCGCCGCCGCCCGGGGCUCGCUGGAGGGGCAGCUGGAGAGCCUGCGCUCGGCGACGGAGCGGGGCCAGCGGGAGCUCCGCGAGGAGCUGGAGGGGGCGGAACGCUCGCACCUCAAGGAGCGGGAGGACGAGAUGAGGCGGGAGCACGAGGCCCAGCUGCAGCUGCUCUCCGGGCGGCACCGGGAGGCGCAGGAGCAGCUGAGCGAGGCGCACCGCGGCGAGCUGAGCGAGGCGGCCGCCACGCUGGCCGCCGCCCUGGCCGAGAAGGACGGGCGGAUCGGCGAGCUGGAGGACCGCGCCUCCGAGCUGGCCGACCUGCGCUGCAAGCUGGAGGUGGAGCUCGCCCUCAAGGAGUCGGAGGCGGAGGAGGUGACGCGGUCGCUGGAGGAGGCGCGGGCGCAGCAGGCGGAGGUGGCGGAGCUCCGGGUGGCGGCGGCGGCGACGGGCGGCCUGCGUGCCGAGCUGGCGGCGCUCGGACAGGAGCUGUGGCGGCGCGGCGAGGAGCACGAGGUGGGCCUCUCGGAGCUCCGGGCCCUGAUGCGGCGGGAGAAGGACCACUGCAUCUCGGAGCUGGUGGAGCGCCACGAGGUGGAGAGCGGCGGCCUGCGCGGCGAGGUCGCCGCCCUGCAGCGGCGGGCGGCCGAGGCGGAGGGGGCCGACACCGAGCGGCAGGAGAGGGAGAAGGAGCUGGGCCAGAGGGUCGCCGCCCUGCAGCAGGAGAAGGAGGAGCAGCUACGGCGGUCCCAUGAGCAGGAGGCGGAGCUCAGGAGCGCCAGCGCAGACAUGCAGGCGGAGAACGACCUGCUGUCCCAGAAGCUGCACGAGGAGGCGGAGGGGCAGCGGCAGGCGGAGGCCCGGCGGGGCAGCGAGAGGGAGGAGGAGGCCUCCAAGGUUCAGGAACUGGGGGCGCAGAAGAAGGAGCUGGAGGCGAGGCUGUUGGACAGAAUUCAGAAACUUGAGACUGAACUUCACGAGAGCAAGUCGUCGAACAGGGGGGAGGAGGGCCAGGCCCUGCUGGCGGAGGGUGGCGGUGGCGCCCCGGCCUCAGCCUCCCCGCUGUCCCUGGACUCGGCGCUGCAGGAGAGGCUGCAGCAGGAGCGCGCCUCCCUGCAGAGCCAGAUGGAGCUGCUGGAGAGGAGGAAGGACCAGGAGAUGCAGAACCUCAAGACGUCACUCAUCGCCGAGCAGCAGACUAACUUCAACACGGUGCUGACCCGGGAGAAGAUGAAGAAGGAGCAGGUCAUCAAGGAGCUCACGGAGAGCCUGAGAAAGGUCAGCCAGCAGCAGGAGACGGACAAAGCCCUGAUCGAGAUGCUGUCGGAGGACCGCGCCAGCGUCAUGCAGGAGAAGAAGCACCUGGAGGAGGAGCUGAACCGCAUGCGUAGCUCCGCCCUCAUCUCCUCCACCUUCAUGACCUCGCAGCAUCACCCGCCGCCCGCCCACCACCUGGCCCCCCAGGAGCCCUGCGAGGGCGGGGCCACGGCGGCCGGGUACGGGGCCCCCGAGUUCCCGGGCGACCCCGACCGCCUGGCCUCGGUGAUGCCGGUGGGGGAGGAGGAGCAUGACCGCGUGGAAUCGGCCGUGGAGGCCAGCAUGGUGGCCAUGCAAGAGAAAUAUUUGUUUUCUCUCCCUAGUGACACCAUUCUGAUGACUGAGGAGAAGCAGAGGAUAAUCCUUCUUGAAAGGACGUUGCACAUGAAGGAAGAAGAAAACAAGCGCCUCAGUCAGCGACUGAUGUCCCAGAGCAUGUCAUCCGUCUCCUCUCGUCACUCGGAGAAGAUCGCCAUCAGAGACUUCCAGGUGGGCGACCUGGUGCUCAUCAUCCUGGACGAGAGGCACGACAACUACGUGCUGUUCACCGUGGGCCCCACCCUCUACUUCCUCCACUCGGAGUCCCUCUCCGCGCUGGACCUAAAGCCAGCGUCGGGCACGUCCAGAAGGCCAUGGGUGCUCGGGAAGGUGAUGGAGAAGGAAUAUUGUCAAGCUAAAAAGGCCCAGAACCGCUUCAAAGUCCCCCUGGGAACCAAGUUCUACCGGGUAAAGGCGGUGCCGUGGAACCGGAAGGUCUGAUCGGCCGUCUGCGUGCGAUGUAUGUGACGUAUGGAUAUUGCAUACGUUCUCUGAGUUUUGAAGCGAAUCUCUACUUCAUAAUUGAAAGGCGGUGAAAAUUGAAUGAAGCGUGUCAUACUAUUUGGUUAUUUUAUCUUUUCAAAAGGAUCCCACCUGCCCUCACUUUUUUUCCGUAAUCUUUUUUUUUUUUUUACUCGCGUUCAUGUGGACCAAACUUUUGCUUUAUGAGGCGGUCGCCCUGUUCACUGGUGUACAGGCCUGUGUGUGUGUGUGUGUGUGUGUGUGUGUGUGUGUGUGUGUUAGGAUGAACGAAACAAACAAAAAAAAAGAAAGUAUUUGGAUGUCGAUAUUAGUUUCCAUUCAGCGAUUUGUCCUUUAUUGUGGUAAAUACUGUAUCAUAAUCUGCAUAAUUCAAAAAUGAAAAAGAUCCAUUUAUUAUAAAUGUUAAUGGAGGAAUGUUCAUGGCAUGCAUACUGAUAUUUUUAUUUGAUUUACUUAUCCAGAUAAAUGUUGUAGUUUGAAAUAUGUAGUAAAGGCUGUUUGUUACCCACAAUGCAGUAUGGCGCUCCCGGUAGUCCCGAGACGUAUGUUAUGAGCGACCGGCCAGGACCUGUCGUCAUCGCAAUCCUUGAAAUGCACUUUCAAAUAAACCCCGCCUACCCCCACUCACCCUUGCCCAUGCUUUUCUGUUGAUUUUCAAAAGGGAAGUCAUUGAGCUGUCAGAAAUAAGGUGUAUAUAUAUAUAAAACACAACAGCACACACUUCUUGCGUCAUAAACAUAUUGAUAUGUAGAAAGGAAUAACCAUGUGACUUGUGUUUCAUCAUCAUCGGAGGACAUUGUACAUUAUCCAUCAAAUCACAAAUGUAACAAUAAUGACUGUAUUGUAAAAGAUAUUAGAGUUUUGAAACAAUAAAGGUUUGAUCCCAAACUUA